CGCAAAAAGCCAUCUCGCCUGCAACACACUCACUCUCGUCCUUACACCGCUUGCAGUGGAUUCUCCAUCUUACUACAUACAUCUGCAGGUCACUUAGUAGAGAAGCCAGCCCUACCCGCCUCAGGGGUCAGAAGAAUAGAGAACAACAUGUGACAAUCCGUGCUUUGCAGUCGACAGUAUGCUUCGAUUCCUUUGGACCAUGGCUCUCUUCUUCUGGUAUUAUUUGCUACUUCACAGCCGAGCUCUGGCCGACGAAGAGGCCACUGGGGAACUGACACCAUCGAGCAAAAAUUCUCCUGAAGAGAAGUCGGGCAUUUACUCGUGGCUUCCAUCCAUGCCCAAGUUUCCCUCCAUACCAACAUUUGGCAUUUUUGGGAGCUCAGGUGGCAAAAAUGAAGAUGCUGUCUCAACUACAACUGCCACAGGGGUGACAGAACUAAUUGGUCUCUUUCAAGACCACACGGGAUCAGGAGAAGGGAGCAAUUCUGAGGAAUCUCAACAAACCACAACAUUGACUCAAGGGCUCUUUACGAGUGUGGCAAAGAUAAGAACUGAGCCACCUCCCACUGGGACAUCAGAUUUGCCAUACAGCAGCAUAGCUCAGAGUAACAGUGAGACUUUUGUUUCUCCCACAAGCAGCUAUAUCAGAAAUACUUUGUUCACAAACAGUCCUCACAGAAGUAACACUCCUGGAAAAAACACAACGCAUAUGCUAACACCUCGGAGAUCCACAACAGCGGCGACUUCCAGCACAAGUGCCACUGAAAAUCCCCUCCCCAAUAGUGUUUACCGGGAGACCAUCUUUCAUACAGAAAGAAUUUCUUCAACAAUCCCACCAAAAACUACAGUUCCUACUGCCCUGACAUGGAAAACAGUGCAAACCACAACACUCAACCCGGGACUGGUGGAGACUAUUCAAACCAGCACACACCUUCUGGGGCUUGUUACUCUUCCAGCCAUUUCAGAAAGUAAUUUUGUUGGGAAACAAGAAGAUUUAUCUGUCAGUGUUGAGCUUCACUCAGUUGAAGGAACAUCAGAAAUUCACUCCACACAAAGUAACUUGAACCUGAGAUUAUCUGAGAUCAGUCUGGUGAACACUGAGCAGCAGCCAGGGGUUACUUCAACUUAUGUAAGGACUGAUCCUACCAUGGUGGAAGUCACAACCUCGGACAUUAACCCCACACAAAACCCUUUAGACUUGGGUUUCUCUGAGACCAGUACGGUGAACUUCGAACAACAUUCAGAAGUAUUCCCUGCUGCCCUCACAACGGAUCAUAACUUAGAAGUGGUCAGGACAACAACAGAACUAUACCACAUACGAAGCUACUUAGACCUGGGCUUCUCUGAGACCACUAUGAUGAAUGCCAAAACAGAGCCAGGAGUUUUCUCUUCUACCCUCAGGAAGGAUUCAAAUUUCGUGGAGGCGACCACAAAAGCAGAAAUCCAGACGACGCAAAGCCAUUUGAACGUGGGCUUCUCUAAGACAAGUAAUGCUGAACAACAGGCUCAAGUAUUCUCUACCACCCUCUGGAUCUAUAAUAAUUUAGCUGUGGAAUCCAUACCAAGCACAACUCAAAGCCAAAGGGCCAACUUUCCAAUUGUAGAAGAGUUACCAGGCAAAGACACUAAGGAAGAGGAUGAAGCUGUGGUUACUUCAACUACAGAUGGGGAUGCUGACACACAUUUGACAGACACUUCCACAUCAUCUGCAGAGCUACUGAGAACAUCCACGCCACACAACACAGGUGUUCUCUCUGAAUCUCCAUCAUCACUUCUGUACACUGAAGACUGGUCAUCUAACCUACCAAACAGUGACAGCACCUUACUCCCAGAUUGCAAUAAGGAACGCUCUGGAAUCUGCAACCUCUCCUACACCUGGGAUGCCACUACUUCUCUGAGAAUGAAACCCACACAAAAUAUCACUGCCACAAACCAGUCAACCAACGCCUUCCUAAUUCCAGCUACACCCAUGUUGGUGCCCUUAUACACUGACUGGAACAGUGCCAUAGCGGCCUGGGGCCUGGCAUGGGAGGUGCAUGUUUAUGGGGCCGGCGGAGUAUUUGCAGUGCUAACACUCGCCUCUGCACUCAAUCUUCUUUGCUUGCCACUGAGAUGUCCAUCUGGGUGUGGCUAUUUUGCUCUAGUCAGCCUGUUCCUUCUAGCUGCUGCAUGCACCAGGUCCUUCUCCCUGCUUUAUGAUGCCUAUGGCCACCAGAAUCGCAUAUCCUCCACAGAGGCCUCGCUAAUGCUCUUUGAAGCACCUUUUCCCUGUCUUACUGCAGCUUUCGGUUUGGUUUUUCUUCUCCUCUCAAUGCGCUCAAGAAUGCAGCUCUCCUAUUCAGCCUUUCAGAGACCCUGUUUCCUGGCCUGUCUAGUUGUCUUGCACUUUGCUGCUGCAUUUGGUCCAGUGACUUUCUUGAAGUUCUACCGGCAAACGCCCCCUUUGUGCCUCUUUCUGUCAUUGAUCUCUCGUGGAGCCUUUGUGGCACUCGCAACAUUUUUAUCUGCUGCCUAUUUUGUUUUCUAUAUCUAUGUUCGGGCAGACUCAAAACACAUCUAUCACCUAAACAACACAUCUCCAACACCAGCUGAACGCUACAACCGCUGCCCAUUUGCUGAGAGUCGGGAUUGGAACCGUGCAGCUAUAACCGUUUGUCUUUCAGCACUGUUUUCUUUAGCUUGUGCAGGACUGCAGUUUUAUGCAAUGCUUAAUGCUAUGGGUGUAAUUGGUGGGGAAGAGGUCUUCUACCCUUGGCCCUGGUGGGCUUUCCAGUUUAGCUGUAGACUGUGUGAACUUUUGGUCUGUCUCACCUUAGCUUUAGUGGUUGCUCAACCAGUUUUUUGUUCCGACCAGCUUCCAGCAGCUGGAAGUUGUUGGACUGAACUCCUAGCAUCCAAGUCCCCCAUCCUGCCUGGGACGUACCAGUGGACACUCAGCCAUCAGGAGAAGCUUGCUAUCGUUGACACUGUUGGACUUGGAGAGACAGAAAGCCUUCCACUUUACACUUUGAUGGAUGGGAGGCUUGGAAGCAGCCUGAAUGGCUUGGACCUCCUGUACCACAGCAACAGGGCCUUAGUAUAUCGAGAUCUCGACUUGGACUUAGGGUUAUCGGGGUCAGAAAAACCUGAGGACGGGCCAGGCAGAGAGCCCUCAGGUGUAUCUUCGUGUUCAAGCGACUCCACUGCAGACCUGCGACCCCCUUCACCAAUCAACUUGCGCCGUAGCAUAGACGAAGCACUCUUCAGUGAAGCAUUGUUUCCCAUCAGCCUCUUCAGUCCUGUUAGACCUAUUCGCUGCAGUGACACAUCAGUAAACAACCAAUGGACGCUUCCAAGCAAUGGCCCCUGUGAUCCUCUCUCCACUGACUCCAGCCUUUAUCGACCCUCAUCCUGCCUUGAAAUGGCCUCUCAGCUACAGUUUUCUCCCAGCCAAUCUCAAGGUGUAGUCACAGAAGGAGCUCCAACGUCUCCCUCCACGGGCUCGUCCUCCAGCAAUUCAUCAGCUGAACGUUGGAGAAGCAGUUCCUCAUCCUGCUCUCUGUACCAUGCCUCUCUUGCUGGCUCCUCUCUUGUUCUUUGCCCAAGUUCAGAGAGACAUACAAGGCAGCUUCCACAGGAAGGUUCAAAUGUGGCCUCCCAUAACCCACAAAGACACUACCAAGCUCUGGGAGCUGCCUCACAGGAAAGCCUGAACCUGUCAACUGAGACAGAUCGAUCUGUGCAGCAGGAAUUCAUUACAGUUUGCAGACAAAUGGAUUCUUUAAGCAUCUGCAGUGAGACUAUAGAUUUAUAGAAAACAGACUCUUAUUAAGAGGGUCCUGAAAUGAGAGUCUGCUUUGUGCAGCAAGAUGAUUGGAAUUUUAAAUGGUAUUUGAUAGUGCAUGUCAGCUUUAUGUACUUCUUAAACAAUAUAGCUGCAAAAAUGUUUCAGGUUUGAUAAGACUUCUUAAGGAUUUAGUGAAUGUUCCUGUGAGUCUAAGUGCCAAGACUGUCAAAAGCCAAGAGACUGUUUGUAAAUUUUACAUGUCUUAUAAAAGCAGAUGAUGCUAGUUAAAUUAAGAGUUACUUUUAUUAAGUGGUGAUAUAAUAAGGAGGUAUUUGUGCAAAUGUUUUUAUUGCAUUCCAACAUUCCAAUAGGUUGUACGGUGACAAAUAUAAGCUUUUACCUGCUACUGUUGUAAUAACCUUAGUUAUUAUAACAAAAACUUAGUCUGGAUGUUUUGUUUUUUCCAAAUGUAAACAUCUCAUAUCUACAUAUUCCUCUGAGGUAUGGUGCAGCAGUGCCCUCUGCUGGCAUAUGAACAGUAUUUAGCAUCUGCCUCAAUGUUGUGUAUUAGCCCCUUACAGAUUUCAUCAGUUUUUUUCUCUUUUUUUGCCACACAUAAAUGUUUAAAAUAAUCAAACAAAUCUUGAUGUUAGGUUGAGAUAAAAUACAAAUAUAAAAUUCACAUUUCAAAUGAGAUGAUUUAAAAUAAAAAGCUCUCCAAACCAAUCUGGCCCUGUGUGAAAGACUGGUUCAACUGUAAACAUUAUAAUUGUGACAACUUUCGUUCCAUUAAGAGCUUGGAGCAACUAGCAAGAAGUUAAGACUUUGACUAUUCCAUUCUUAUAGCUUCACUUUAUUUUAUUUUUUUGUCCUUUUGUUUGUUUUGAGCAAUUCUUAUUGAAAAUUGCCAGGUAACAAGAUGUAGCAAGGUCAUUAGAGUUUCUUGGGGGUUUUGCCAAACAUUCACACAUACAUAAAAUCAUUGGAGGAUAUGCUGUGUGCUAAGAAUUGAAAAGAAAUUGUGAAAACUCACAGAUAUCUGUUCAGUCACUUGGAGAUUGAUGCUGCUAUUCUUCCUUCUGAUUAACGGAGGCAGAAAAUACAAAGUCCAGAAUUUCACGAGAGUUGGAAGUCGAUUCCCCCCUUGCUGUAGAUGGUGCCGGAAGUGGGUCAUGAUGACUGAACUGAAAUGAGAAACAAAAAACAUGGCAUACUACCAAGACUAUAAAACUAUAGAGUAUCAUCAAAUAGGAUAUCAAACUUACAGUUCACUGGAAUUCAACAUGCAAUGCUCCAUCCUUGGAUGUUAGUGCAUGUAACUUGCAGCAACCCUAAAGAGGUAAAAGAAAAAUAUGUAUUUGCAAAAGGGAUAAUAUCUGAAAAGCCUUUGUUGUAUCAUUAACAUUUUUAAUUAAUUUUAGUGGCAGUAAAUGAACAUAGCUCAAACUAUUUGUUGAAGCCUGUGUUAUGAAUAUUCAGAGCUACAUUUUCAGCAUAAUACGGCAAAUAAAGUUUUUUGACCUCUUAAAGCAUAAAAAGUAGGAUAUAACAGUCAGCUUCCACUGUCACUGUGCGUUGUCUAAAUCUGCCUGUAAUUUAGCUUUGUAACUUUGAGUUAAAAUAUGCUGGAGUCAAAUGAAGUUUUUGUUUAUCAUUUUAGCCUUUUACCUGAGGAAGUUUAUCACCCAACUGAAGGCCAACAAGCUCUGUGCCCAAAUUAGUUUAUGUGUUAAGUCAACACUACUCACAUGUGUUAGCUUCUGUCGGGUUGCUUCUUUUAAUAUUUAGCACGUUUAAAAUGCCCCUCUCUCAGUUUCUGAUGAGUCGCAGCUGCGCUAGCUGAGGGUUCGAGAAACGGGGCCCCUUCAGGGAGGUCUGCGCAUGUCGACCACGCUGGUUGAAAACUCGCGGCUCCGUGGCGAUUCGAAGUUGGUCAGCCCUCGGGAACCCGCUUUAAGGCCCCCUGUGUGGGUGGGGACCUCUGGUCUCACCAGCCUGCAGAUUAUUUCCAUGAACUCUUUGAGAUCACCAAGAGUUUUAAUUUUAAGAUGGCUAAGAUAGCAGCUCAGUAAAAUUGAUCAAAAUGCCCAUUUCCUCAGACAGAAAUCAGAAAGCGGUCUGGGUAAUAUAAAGUGAAUCAAUAAUUGUGUUAACAGCUUAUUCAUGUUCUAACAGAUUGGUUUCCUUUACUAAAUUCAAGUUUGAUUACUGGGUUCAGUUUGCUCUGGUUGUCUUUGUCAGAAAUAUUUUGUUUGAUUAACUAAAGCAUUUCUGUGUGCCAAAAAAAAGAGAUCUGUAGUUUUUCACAGCACUGUACAAUCCUGACUGGCAUAUUAAUUUAAAUUGAAAUAAAGCAUUAAAUAUU